UGGGGGCGGUAAUUCAUUCAAACCAGAUUAUUGCAGCGUCCAGUCAAAAGUGAGAGAAACCGUAGAAGCAGAAGCGCUGGAGGUCGAAGCGAGCUGCUCCGCGAUGUCUGCAGUUUAUCCCACUGUCAUGCUGUGUUUGUACGGCUUCUUCUCCAGCCUGCGGCCGUCAGAACCUUUCCUCACCCCUUACCUGAUGGGUCCGGACAAGAACCUGACGGAGACCCAGGUUGUCAAUGAAAUCUAUCCCAUUUGGACAUAUUCCUACCUCGCCCUGUUGCUCCCGGUCUUCCUGGCUACAGACUACCUCUGCUACAAGCCGGUGUUGGUACUGCAGGCCUGCAGCCUAGUACUGACCUACGCCAUGCUCUGGAAGGCCCAGGGCAUGCUGGCCAUGCAACUGUUGGAGUUUUUCUUUGGGUUAGCCACAGCGUCAGAGGUGGCCUACUACUCCUACAUCUACAGCGUGGUGGAGCCAGAGCUCUACCAGAGGGUGACUGGUUACUGCCGCAGCGUCACUCUGUUCGGCUCGGCCUCCGGGUCACUCCUCGGUCAGCUCCUGCUGUCUUUGGCCAAAGCGGAGCUGGUGCACCUGGUUAUCAUUACGCUGGCGUCGGCCGCCAUGGCCUUCGCCGUCCCCUGGUUUCUCCCCAUGCCCAAGAGGAGUUUGUUUUUCCACAUGAGUCCAGGAGUAGUCGAGGAACCUGCUGCUGGCUGCAGUCCCAGCCCUGAUAAGGCAGAGGAUUCAGAAAGCAGAGCGCCCAUGAUGUCCAGGUCAUCUGAAGCAGCAGGUGGCAGCAGUGGGCUUGUGCGGGUGUUAAGGACGCUUUUUCAUGACUUCAUCCAGUGCUACAAAUGUCGCCCCCUGCUGGCAUGGUCGGUGUGGUGGGCCCUGGCCACAUGCGGCUACUUCCAGAUCAUCAGCUACGCUCAGGCACUGUGGGAGACAUUCUAUUCAUCCCAACACCAUGAAAUCUACAACGGCUACGUAGAGACCUUGUCCACGCUGCUUGGGGCUCUGGCUGCUCUGCUGGUGGGCUCCCUCCCAGUGGACUGGACCCACUGGGGAGAACUGCUCCUGUGGGUCCUCUCCCUCCUCAUGGCUGCGUGCGUUUUCAUCAUGACCCUGCUGAAGAACAUCUGGGUGAGCUACAGCUCCUAUGUCAUCUUCAGGACCAUCUACAUGCUUCUCAUCACCGUGGCAACGUACCAGAUAGCAGCCAGCCUCAGCAUGCAGAGAUACGCUCUGGUGUUUGGAGUCAACACGUUCGGAGCCCUGCUGCUCUGGACUCUGAUCACCGUGGUCGUGGUGGACUCAGCCGGACUCGGCCUUGAUGUUGUCACUCAGUUUUUCAUCUACGGAGGUUACUUCACAGUCAUCUCGGUGGUCUUCCUCUUGGCUGGCCUCUACAGAGUCUUCUCCUCCAGGCGGACCAUGCAGGAAGCCAAUGGAGAGUCCAGCCCUCCUCUAAAUGGUGCCGUGACACAGUAAACGAUUCACCUUAAAGCUUUGAAUCAUUUUCUGGGAACAAACUGAAUGGGAGCCUUUCAAAAUGUCAUCAUAUGCUGAAGUGGGCUGGACCUGAACUUCUUAUUUACCAAAGUAUUAAUGAUCCAAGUUUUCCUCUGAGCCGAGUAAUUCAGGUCUGAGUGGUGCAGACCUGAGAUUGAGUCACAGAAGUCAUUGGAUUUUUUUUCAAUAGAAAUAAAAGCAACUACAUUAAGUUUUUUUUAUAUAUUGCUCAAAUUUUUGGCCUUAACAGGAUGUAAUACAGUGGACUCCCACUUAUUACCGAUUCAGUAUUUGUAGAUUUUCAGUGGAAUGUAACACUGAAAAUAGUUUAAACACAUUUGGUGUUUAAACUAUGAAAAUACUGUUAGAAGUGUUUUUUUAGGACACUGAUUUUGCACUCUAUCUUUAUUGCUAAAUGCAAGAUGUUUAUGGAUGCCUUAAUGAAAAAAAAAGGAAAAUCAAACCUGUAAACAAACCAUUUUUCAACCACAGUGAUUAGAAUGCACAUUAAAAUGUGCUUAUAUCUCUCAUGAUUUAUUUAAUUCAAUAUUAUUGCUGAAAGCUUUAUAUUACAUUCCAUUUCCCUUCGUUUUCCAAAGCUUUUCCAAACUGUUCCAGCUUUCUGCCUCCUGGGGGCGCUAGUGCCUGGAACUGUUUAAAGUUGUUUAAUUUCCUGACCACUCAGGGAGUUUAUAAAACUGCUUAACUCAGCUGCAUUUGAUGACAUAAUGAACAGCAACCAAUAGUUAUUUAGAUUCUGCGGCUCUCAGCGGCAUUUCUAGCAGCUUUGUGACAUCUACUGUUACAGAUGGGAGAAUGAAUGCGUUGGCUAAAACAAGAUUCAGAUGACGUCUCUAAAACAUGCUUUAUUAGGAGCCAUUAUCACCUGAUGAGCUCAUAUCCAAACAGCUUUUAUCAAUGAUGGCAAUUUCUUCCUGUCUAUCAACUCAAAUGGUUCAUGGUUAAAAACAAAAUAUAUACUGUUUUCUGUGAUUCAUUCUUGUCACAUUAUCACAUUUAUCAUAUUUAUCAUAUUUAUAAAUAACUAAUAUGUUUACAUAUUUUUAUUUUUGAACUUUGACCCUGUUGAUGACGCACUGGUUUGUCAUAAACAUGGUUAAAGAAGAGAAAUGUACAAUUUCUCUUACUUGGGAGCAGUUCGCUAUUUAUAAAACAUUUUCACACAACUAUGUUUACAUUUUGUCUCAGCAGGUACAAUUUAACAAGAUGCACAAUUUAUUUAUUAUGUGGAAUACAUAAUAUUGAAUAUUUCACAUUUCUUUGGGAGUUUGGAUAUCUUUUAGUUACAGAAUGAUUGUCUCAGAUGCAGUCAGUGUGACUGCAGUCUAUUUCUCAACAAUAUAAAAAUUGUCGCCAUCGCUUAUCGAACAGGAGCAUCUCAGGAGUCUCAGUUCUAAAUGUUAAAAUUACUUGAAUUACAGCAUGUUGUAGAAAUGCAUCAUCAGAACCUUAUUUUAUUCCUUCCAUCCAUCCAUCCUUUCCUGACCCUACAUAGUACAGUUAUUGGGAGUAAAGUGUGCAUAAAAUGCACUGAGUAUAUUAUAGUUAUGGAUUAGAUUAGCAUAGACAUCAACUUUCCUAGGUUACAUUUAAUAUAUAAAAAGUAUUGUCUGAUACUGUUAUAUAUUUAUGUUUUAGAUAAAUUAAGGUUGGCAUAAAUAGACAGUGUUUUUGGGCUGCAAUAGAAACUAAAGUAACUACAGUACUAUACUAAGUGUUCUACUGUUGGUUACCAGCCAAAAUGACUUCAUGUUACUGUAUGUGUUUUUUUCUCUUUCUGUGAAUCAGUAGACUGUAAUGCACUAAUUAACACAGACGUAUACUUCCUCGUUGGAAGUAGUGGUACUGAGAAGCACAAUUAACGUUGGCAGGUUUUCACUGAACACUACAUUGUGAAACUUGAAAUGAUCCGCUACUCCUUUGUCAUUUGUUAUUUAAGUACGUUGAAAAUUUUAGCUGCUUUUAGUUUUUGUUUAGUUGAUGACGAAUUGCACUGAAAAGCUGUUUUAAAAUACUUCAAUGAAGGUAAAUGUGCAGGAAGGGGAAGUAAUUGUGUUUCUACUAGGUAAAUAUUUCAGAUAAUUAGACAAACAUAAUCUGAAGAAAAAUAAUAUCAGCUUCCAAAUGAUUGAAUUUCAGGUGAAAAGUAUUCACCUCCCACCUUGUGUCAUGAAUUUUUAUGAAAACAUUUUUUAUGACGAGUUGAACAACCAGUUCUCAUGAUUAGAGGUGAGAACAGACUCAGGUUAGUUCAUACCGUUCUUCUUUUUAAUAAAUAAAAUUCUCAGUUAAAUUCUGCUUUAUCUUUUGAUUCAGAUUGUCUGUGAUCUGAAGAUAGUUUUAUCUGAAAUAGGCUGGUCACUGAUCUUUAAAAAGCCUGGCCUCCCUACAAUGAAGCAUCAAAGCUGUUAAAAUUGCCAAAUUGCGAUUAUCAUUAACAAAGCAUGUGUAGCUGUGACCUGGUGGGCGUGUCUGUCUGUCUGUCUGUCUGUCUGUCUGUCUGUCUGUCUGUCUGUCUGUCUGUCUCUCCUCCCUCAUGGGACAGCUGAACGGGACAGUAGCUGAUUUUCAGACCGUUAAUUACUUCGUCACGUAAGUAUUGGCCCAACAUGAUCUUAAAAUUAAGGAAAUCAAGGCCAAUUUUAUGACCAGGCAAAUUAUCAGUGCACCACUGAUCUGAAACAUUCAAACAAAAAUGGAUCCAAUUUAUGAAGAGGCAAAAUAAGAAGUUUUUAUAGACAAAAACAUAUUGAACCUUUUGUUUUACCUUUGCCAGAAGUUCAUUUGUGAAGAAGCAAAACGACCAAAUGAAUUUUGAUAUGAUCAGAGAAUAUAAUGCAUAUGGCUGAAUUCCUUGCUGUAGCAGUUUAAUGACUGUAGUUUCUGUUGGCUCAUCUGACAUAUGAAUGUACAACAACACUACUCCUUUAAUCACUCAUCUCUAGUUUUAGAGAGACGAGCUGCAGUUGCAGCUCAGCUAGAGCUGCAGUGUUUGCCUUAUAAUCUGUUUCCAUGCCUAUUUCUCUUUUAUCUUUUGAUGCUUUGAAGCAAAUGUAAACUUGUUGAACAAACUUUACUGUUAAUGUAAAAUUCACUUCCCAUAUGCUGUAGGGCAAUUAUUUUAAUAUAUGCAAAAGAACCAAAUACUUUUUAUACAAAAAAUGUCAUUUAUAUUGAAUAAAUUCUUUUCAUACA